UAGUGUUCAUGCGGGUGUUACACUAUAAUAGUUCCGGCGGAAGUGAGUAGAACCAUCCUGCUACAUACACUCAAAAUGUCAACCGGGGUGGGAAAACACAAGAUGCUGUCUGUGGGUCCGACUGAGCCCUGGUCGGUUCGGGAGAAGCUCUGUCUGGCCUCCUCCGUGAUGAGAAGCGGCGAUCAGAACUGGGUGUCUGUAAGCCGAGCCAUCAAGCCCUUCUCAGAGCCUGGACGACCCCCGGACUGGUUCUCCCAGAAGCAUUGUGCCUCCCAAUAUUCAGAGCUGCUGGAAACCACAGAGGCCCCAAAACGUAAACGGGGUGAGAAAGGGGAGGUGGUCGAGACCAUUGAGGAUGUGAUCGUGCGUAGAUUGACAGCAGAGAGGAUCGAGGAGCUCAAGAGGCUGAUCAAAGACACACAGGAGAAAUACAGGAAACUGAAGAGAGAGGUGGAUUUGAUUCAGGCAGGCCAUCUGGACCCUACACUGGAAGAGCUGUGGGCAGAUAUAGAGCUAAAGAGGAGGCAGGACGAAGAGCAGGCAGAGCAGAAGAAGAGGGCGACUGAGGCAGCAUAUCAGGUUCGUCAGGCAGCUAAAAAUACACCCAAGAGAGUUCCCAGCGUGACCGUACGUUCUCCACCCAGUGCUAGUUUUCCCAGCCUGGACGUCUUGCAACCAGAAACACUGCAGCCAAUGACAGAUGAAUCCUGUGCCAGUCCCGUGGCUCAAGGACUGACCGUCUUCAUGGCUAUGUCAGAGGUCACGGGUCCAGGGCCUAAAGAGUCAGGUCUGGCCCCUAUGGUAGAUGACUCCCCGCAGAAGAAGCACCUCGUUUCAAAAGCCACACCACCUCCCUCCCCGCUGCUGUCUGAACUGCUGAAGAAGGGCAGUCUCAUCGCUGCCAGCUCUAGACUUGUGGUUGAAGGUGAUGUGGCCACAUGUUUGAGUAAUGGAUCACACGGAGUGGAGCUUCACACUGCUGCAACCGCUCUGCCUGCUAAUCAAGACAUUACAGCUGAUGCUCCUACGUUAUCUCGUCUGUUGGAAAGCGCCACCCCAGCGCAGCCACCUGUCAUUGCUGAUCCCCCUAAGCCCCCCACAGUGGUCCUCCCAGCCCCGGACCACCUCUCUGUGCCCAAAACAGGAGCUGCAGCCGUUGCUGAAGGUUCUGGUGCAGAAGCAGUAAUUGCAGGGUCAUCCACACCGGCUGAGGUGGAGGGGAAGGAGGCAGAGCUGGUGGAGGAGGACACAGUGAUGUCAGUGUCAUACAUGGCCCACGAACUGGACCUGGAGACAGUGGGAGACAUCAUUGCAAUCAUAGAGGAGAAGGUGGACGAUCCUGUGGAGGCUUUGGACGCAGCCGCAGUGGAGGCAGCUCUCUCUCUCUGUGAGGACCCAGCGGUCAAUGGCCACCCCCUCACCAGUCCUUGGGAGUCACAGACCUUUAAGGCAGCCGAACCAGAGCCCAUCGUCCAGCAGAGUCCUGCCCCAGCGGUCACACAGAGCAGCCCUGAGCCUGCGGGUGUGCAAGGAGAAAUGGAGGUUCUGGUAGAGAAGGCUACAGAAACCGAAGCAGUUGAUGAAGUGACAGGGGACACUGUGGCACCUGCCGCCCCUGACACAGAGCAGAGCCAGGACUCUGAGGUUAAGACUGAGGGUGAGAGGGAAGGAGACGGAGAAGGAGGGAAGGAGGAAGCGCAGCAGGAGAACAGAACCCUGAGUCCAGUCGUGAAGUGUGAGGGGGAGGACUGGGUUCAGCCAGACACCAUGACGCCCUGUCUGGACUCAGAAGAUAGCUCAGCCUCGGCGAAAGACACAAAGGAGGUGAAGGAAGAGGAUGGAGGCAGUGAGGUGGAUGUGGAUGAAGGGAUGGAGAUGAAAGAGUGUGGCGAUGGGGACGGAGAGGGGCCGUAUCUCUCAGAGGUUGAUCCUCCUGCCAGUGAGAGUGAGGAUGGAUACGGCAGUCACUCUCAGCACUACACUACAGCGGACUCCAUCGCCAGCAGCCCUGCCUCAUCUCAGUUCUCCAUGUGCAGUGAAGAUCAAGAGGCCUUGCAGGCUCAGAAGAUCUGGAAGAAAGCCAUCAUGCUGGUGUGGCGGGCAGCAGCCAAUCACAGACCGAUGGACCUAUCAGCCAUCAAGAAGAACAUUGAGUCUGGGCAGAUCCGCACAACGGCGGAGUUCCAGCGUGACAUCAUGCUGAUGUUCCAGAACGCGGUGAUGUACAACAGCUCAGAUCAUGACGUCUACCACAUGGCCCUAGAGAUGCAGAGGGACGUUCUGGAACAGAUCCAGCAGUUCUUGGCCACUCAGCUGAUCAUGCAAACAUCAGAAUCAGGCAUCGGCACCAAGAGCCUACGCGGAAGGGAGGCCAACCGCAAACAAGACCCUAAUGAAAAGACCCUGAGUCCUGCACACAAAGACCCUCAUUUAGAGCCAGAACCACCAGCCAGAAGGAAAAGGAACAACUCCAAACAAGACACUAAUGAGAAGGUUUCCACAUGGCACCAUAUUUGUGUCCUAGUUGUCCUGGAAAUGAUUGUAUCAUUGAGUAAUCUAACGUUUUCUGAAAUAUGGGAGAAUAUCUGUUUAUCUAUGUCUGCUUAUACACACAAUACUGUUCAAAAGUUUAGGGGCAGUAAGAGUUUUUAAAAUGUUAAAAUUGUUUAAUAUUGUGAAAUAGUGAUAAAAUUGUUUUGAAAAAAUGUUUUCUAUUUUAAUAUUAUUUAUAUUUUAAUAUGUCAUUUAUUCCUGCAAUGCAAUGCUGAUUUCCAGUCUUCAGUGUAACAUGAUCCUUCAGAAGUCAUUCUAAUAUGCUAAUUUGCUUCUCAAUAAAUAUAUAUAUUUUUAUUAUUAUCAAUGUUGAAAACACUUGCUUAAUAUUUUUCUGGAAAAUUUGAGGUUUCCGGAUUACUUGAUGAACAAAUUUCAAACAGCAUUGUUUUAAAUAGAAUUUUAAACUUUUGCAGCGUUAUUAAUCUUUUUUUGCUGAAUAAAAGUAUUCAUUAAAAUUCUUACUGACCCCAAAUUUUUUAACAGUAGUGUAUUAUUUUACUAUAAACAGAAUAUAAAUGUGAUUAUUGUAAGCAUGUAAAUAAUAUAUUUCUGUAUGUGGAGCAAGGGUUGGCUUAAACACCUACUUGAUGGUUUCUUUGGUUGAAUCCAUGUGCCGUUUUUAUUUUUAACACACACCAGACCAAAGUUAAACAAGUGUUUUUUUUUUGUUUGUUUUUUGCAUGGUUAUAGUCUCAGUGAUGCUUUCACACUGAGCUGUUUACAGUGUGAUUGAGGUCAUUUAAAUGACUAGACACUCAUUUCAUCAUCUAUUUGAGUUAUGUUGGAGUGCUGCAGUCAUCAUGCAAAUGGUUACAACACACUCCCUCACACAUGAACAUCUGAUGUCUUCAUCUGACUAACACACAUAUAUACACAUCACUGCCACUCAUCAACCCCUCAGAUCCUCUCUUUAGUAUCUGCAGGAUUAAGAUUAGGAUUCUCUUUACCAUUGUGCAUCCUCCUUUUCUUUCUCAGCUGUGUGUGUCUGUAUGUAGAGAAGCUUCUAGGGUGACCGUGAGAGAAAACGGAAACUUUAGAGUUCAGAUCCAUUCCACUGUAAAAGUUCAUGUUUUUGUUUUAAUGCACAACCAUCUGUGAAAAAAUUCCAGAGGAAAGCAAAUGUUUUGUGGACCUGAAGUCAUUAUAAGAUGUUUUUAAGAGGACUGGCGAUGUAAAAGGUUUGCCAGAAUAAAGAAAAGCGAGUCUGCUAAAUGUGUAUAUGAAAAUAAUUCAACUAUAUCAUGAGUAGGUUUGCUUUUAUAAACAAUUAGAAGAUGAUUUAAUCUCUUUUUUCUGAUUUUAUUGUCCGAACAAUAAAAUUAGCAUCUAUUUCUCCUAAAUAUUUUGGCAAUCAAUUUGCACAUGCAUGAUCUAUAUUUUCAUCUUAUCUCUUCAUAUUGUAAAGAGAAAGCAACGGAUAUCCCAUCCACUUUUGUCAUUUAAGGCUAUAUCAAAUCAUUACAUAGAAAUCAAAUGUGAAAGUGAAUGUUAGUCCAUCAAGAUAUCAAUUAUAUGGCUCAUAAAAUGUCUGGUCAUUCUAGUCUCUUUGCAUGUGUCUCUGAUGUUUUCCGUCUCAUGAUCAGGGGUUAAGAUUAGUAUACCAGCCGUUUGCUACCCUAACACCUGCUUUUGCUCUAUUGUACAUGUCUUCUAGAAUAGGUUUUAAAUAGUGAACUUUUUUUUCUCUCUGUCUCUCACUGUGCUGUUUG